AUGUCUACAACAUUAUUAGCUUUGGGUAUACUUACACUUCUUGGAUCCAUAAUGAUUGCAAAUGAAUAAGAAUAGUUUGAUUUUACUUAAAGAUAUGAAUCAUUCAAACAGAAAUUUGGAAAGAGAUAUUCUCCAUCAGAAGAUGUUUAUAGAAAGGCUGUGUACAUAUAAAAUGUUCUAUAUGCUGAAUUCAUCAAUUAGUAAGAAGGAAGGAAAGUUUUUGGUGAAACUAUCUUCUUUGAUUAAACAAAUGAAGAAUUUGCUUAAAAUUAUUUGACUUUGAAAAUCACAGAAGAAAACGUAAAAAUUCAAAGAGUUCUUCCUCCUAAGAAUAUUAAAAUUUCUGAUAAUAUAGAUUGGACAUCGAAAGGAGCAGUUUCUAAAGUUAAAGAUUAGGGAGAAUGUGGUAUAGGCGAUAUUUUCAGUACCACAGGAGUUUUGGAGGGUUUCUUUUUUAUAACUACCAGUGAAUUACCUAAUUUAUCAAAUUAAUAAUUACUUGAUUGCUCAACUUUAUCUGGUUGUAAUGGUGGAAUUAGAGGAGAGUCUUUAAAAUAUGCAAAGAGAAAUGGUAUUACAACUGAAGCUGAUUAUCCAUAUGUAAUGAUUAAUAUAUUUAUGUUUAGAUAGCUGUUUUUGAAGGAUGCAAAAUUAAAGGUGGUCCUUAUCAUUUUAAUAAUAUAGUCUAUUUAGAAACGACUGAAGAAGCUUUGAUCUCAUUUCUUAAUAUAUAACCAGUUUCUGUAGCAAUUAAUGCUUCAAAUUGGUAAUACUAUAAUCCUGAAACCCAAAAAAUUUUUAACAAUUGUAAUAAUAAGAAUCCAAAUCAUGGAGUUUUGGCUGUUGGUUAUGACAAAGAUUCAAUAAAAAUUAAAAAUUCAUGGGGUACAAAAUGGGGAGAUGAAGGGUAUAUCUAUUUACCAAGAGGAGAUAAUGCCUGUGGAAUUAACGAUUAUGGUGUUGUUGUUGUUUGAAACAUUCAUUAUUUAAAGACAAAAUAAUAAAAUAA